GAAGGUGCGCAAUGGAGCAUCAAAAUAUUAAAAAUAGUGCGACUUAUUAACUGAAGUUAUCCUUCGCAAUUCAGCAAAAAAAUUAAGUAAAACUGUAUUGUUGAAGUUUUGACUCUUCGCAUAACUCCAUGAUUAGGGUCAUUCAAUCAUUGUUUUUUGCGUUAAAUUGUGAACUAACCAUCAGCUAACAUUAAUUAGCUAACGUUAGCUAACGUUUUAUAAGAUAGCAAACAUCAUCACCAGCAAUGUGUCAUUUGUUGUGCCCUUAUCUUUGGAUGAAUGAAAAGAAUACAAAAUAUCGCUAAUAUCGUGUCAGUUCAGGUUGACUGAGUUGUCUUGGCUAACGUUAGCUAGUUCAACCAGGCUCAAUCUGCCUGCCUGUCUCCAUCUAUACUGUUAACUAGUUUCGGCAAGAUGCAGAUGAUCGGAGUACGUGUGAUAUCACUUUUCUCAACUCAAGAAACGGUUGAUAGUGAAAUUUGUCACGAUUAGCUGAAACUACAUCAUGUGGGAACAGUGGGGUAUUUAGGUUGGAGAUUACAUCAAUGCUAGUAGUAUACCUUUUCUACCCACUCCUUUGCAUAAAUAAUACAGGGUACUGUCUCAGUUGUCUCACGCGUGUGCUGUAUUGUAGCGUCAACUGUUCUUCUCCCAUAUUCACUCUACAGAAGCCACCAGCACCAUGGCAACUUCACAGUCAGCCUUCGCAUUUGCAGUUUGUAUCCUGAUAAUAACAGAGUUAAUACUGGCCAAAAAGGACUACUAUGACAUAUUGGGAGUGCCGAAAGAUGCCAACGAGCGUCAGAUAAAGAAGGCUUUUCACAAGCUGGCUAUGAAGUAUCACCCAGACAAGAACAAGAGCCCAGAUGCUGAGACAAAGUUCAGAGACAUUGCUGAGGCAUAUGAAACAUUGUCAGACGAGAAGAGGAGACAAGAGUAUGACCAGUUUGGACAUGGCACAUUCCAUAAUGAUGGAACCAAAGGCAGAAACGGUCCAAACGUCCACCAGCCCUUCAACUUUGGCGACAUGUUCAAGGACUUUGAUAUUUACAGCCAGAACCGGCACGCCCGUCACAAGAGGCACUUCGAGGAUCACUUCCGGGCCCACCAGGAGGCCCAUCACAGCAGACACAAGAGACACUCCCAGGGGGCUUUUGGAGCAGCGGGUGGCUUUGACGGCAUGUUUAACAACAUGAAGAAGUUUACUUUUCACAGGGACACUACUAAGCAGACUGAGAGCAGGUUUCAGAGUAAUACAGCGAAGCAACACUGCAGAACAGUGACACAAUGCAGGGGGAACAUGGUCACCACGUACACUGACUGCACUGGCUCCUGAGGACAGGGGCAAAGUCCGUAUCCACAUCACUUGGGUUGUGUUCAUCAGGCAUGAAAUGGAAGAAAGCGGUUUGAAAUUGGGAGGUACUAAUUGAACCAGUUGUUGCUGAUGGGAGGAGCUAUUGGAGGAUGGGCUCAUUGUAAUGGCUGGAAUGGAAUUAAUGGAGCGGUAUCAAACACAUGGAAACCACGUUUGAAUCCGUUCCUUCAUUCCAUUCCAGCCAUUUAAAUGUUUUUUAUUUUACCUUUUAUUUAACUAAGCAAGUCAGUUAAGAACAAAUUCUUAUUUACAAUGACUGCCUCCCCUAACCCGGAAGACGCUGGGCCAAUUGUGCGCCGCCCUAUGGUACUCCCGAUCACAGCCGGUUGUGAUACAGCCCGGGAUCGAACCAGGGUCUGCAGUGACACCUCUAACACUGAGAUGCAAUGCUUUAGACCGCUGUACCACUUGGGAGCCAUUACAAUGAGCCUGUCCUCCUAUAGCUCCCCCCACCAGCCUCCACUGAUCUGCACUUGUCCAAUAAGAAAAGGUUGUUUUUGUUUACCAUUGCACAACAUUUUGAAAUGUUUCUCUAUGGUGUGCCCUAAUGAACAUGACCCUGCAACAGCUUGCAACCGAGUAGGCAUCUGGUGGGAGCUAGGUGUUUUUGUUGAUGCUGUGACCUAAGUGCUGGUCAUUGCUACUUUUUUGAGUUAAAGUAAGUAGCUAAUGAAAACACUUGAGCAAUUGUUUGUAAAACAAUCAAUAAUAAUAAUUCAAGCACUGAACAGAUUUUGAAGCUUAUUGCUCACAGUUUACAUCAAGUAUAGUUAAGAAUUUGAACGUGGUAGAGGAGAAUAUUUUUGGGAAUAGUGUUAAGAAAUAGUUUUGCAUCUAUUUGACCAACGUUUCACAAACUCGGUGCACGUUUUAGUUUUUGCCCUAACACUUCACAGCUAAUUAAAAUGAUCAAAGCUUGAUGAUUAGUUGAUCAUUUGAAUCAGCUGUGUAGUGGUAGGGCAAAAACCUAAACAUGUACCCCUUGGGGUCCCGGGGACCAAGUUUGGGAAACCCUGCAUUAGACUAUCAUUCUAUGUACAGUAUAUUUAGUACCCCUCUUGAAUAUUUACAAAGGCUCUUACUCGUUAGCCAAAAGUGUUGAGUAACUACUACCACUCCCAGACAUUUUCUGUGUGCAUUUAGUAGUUUGUAUAGCCUACACGACUUCAUUGUGUGACUCCAGCAACUUUUAGUUGGAACAAAACAGACAAUGAUGCUGGGACAAGUUUGCUUUUGGUUGAUAGAUGGAGGAAAAUGUCAGAAAUAUGUCCCCUCAGUUUGAGCAUUUAGUGAAACUAUAAUGCAGCAUUUAUGUACUGCUUUGUAAAGGGAUGCUCACCACUUAUAGUUGAAAUUGGGUUAAACUAUUCAGCUCUACAAGAACUCGUAUGGCCAAGGGAACACAUUGGAAACUACUUGCAGUUCACGUAGUCAGCUGUUUCUGUUGCUGCUGUGUGCUGGCCAUUGCUUCUUUGUCAAAAUCUUUCCUCCUGUCUGCAUGGACCACUUGAAUUCAUCAGCUCACGUUGGUGUAAAUACAAUCCAGUGUUGUUCAUCCAACACCUCAUAAACACCCGUUACCUGUUUCCCUAGACUGUAGACGAGAAAUGUAUGUUUUGUUAUGUCAUGUGUAAAGCCAGCAAUCUUUUUUCCGUCUUUUUUUGUGCCACUGUUUGCUGGCUUCCAUAUAAGCACUUUCAUUAUUUUAAUCCUUUGGAUAAAAUGUUUUACUUUGACAGAAAAAUUGUGUAUCGUCCCUGUAAAUAAAAGUGUGAUAUAAAAUCAGAAAAUAAA